AAGACGUGUUUCCAAGAGUUAACUGUUAACCUAGCAUUUUCGCAUGUGAUGUAAUAAAACCAAACAAAAAUAACAAAACAAUGUCUUGAAGUAGCUCGUAGGGCUGAUUGGUUGCACAUCAAAUCCCGGCGUUUAGGUAAUUAAACUCAAGCAGUCCAUUUGGCAAAGAUGGAUUUUAUUGUGGAAUUCAUCGCCUUGGGCAUAGACUCUGUGGUGCUUCUAACAUGCUUGAAGCAGUACUACGGGAAGAAAAAGUCGGCAAAAAUAGUCUCAACUACGCCAACGGUGACACUAGACAAGAAGCUAAAACGGGUUCUGGCCAAUGCAGACGCAAAGUUGCCCUACAUAGCGAUCAGAGGCGCCGUGAAGCCGAUUGGGGUGCCCAUAAUCAGCAGCAACAACCCCAAUGUGUCUGGAGUGAUCCAGUCCUUGAAAAUCAAGGAGCAUGUGGUGCAAAGAAGCACCUCGGGCUUCUGGUCGGACUCCGAAAGGACCAUCCAAGAGGUCCAUAACGUCAUACCAUUCGGCCUGGAGUCUAAAGGGGUAGUAGUCGAAGUGGUUGAUCCCCUAGUGGCGGAAUACCUCGAUAUGGACACCAUUUCCGACACGUUUCACCCCACAGUUCCCAGCAUGAUGGACCACAUAUGGGGCUUCUUCUCUGGGUAUAGACAGCGGGGGAUCCAAUCGACGGAGAAAAUGCUGCGAGAAGGAACCGUGAUGACUGGAAUAGGGCAGCUGGUCUUUGAGCAAGAUGGCUCCUUCAAGCUGCAGCCCCCAACAAAUGGGGAGCCUUUCUACCUAACAACUAUGCCCGUGAGUAGUUUGCUGAAAAAGCUGGAAAUCUCCAAGAGAAACUAUGGAGUUGUGGCGCUCAUUUGCACGGCAAUUGGCGUGGUUGUGGCUGGCAUCGCUGUGAAAAAGUAUUUGAACAAGCGAAAGCGACUAAAGGAUGAAGAGAACAAAAAGAUCCACAUCGAGGAAACACGGAGGAAGAGGAGGAGGCAAAUUCGGGACCCUAAUAAUUUGUUUGAAAAUGUUUGCGCCGUCUGCAAGUCCAACCCAGUUGAGAUAAUACUGUUGCCGUGUGGGCACGUGUGUUUAUGCGAGGACUGCGCUGAAGAUAUCACCGACCAAUGCCCGAUUUGCCGCAGCAACAUCAACACGAAAUCAGUCGCUUAUGUUCUAUAAAGCUGAUGGACUUGGCAGAAAAAACUUUUCAGUGCGUGAAUCUCGGAAGUGAAGGUAUUAUAAUGAAGGCAAAUAAAUGAGAACUGGUGAGAAUUAA